UGGAAUGUCAAAUCGGCAAGAAGAAGCAUUUCAUAUACAAAAAUUCAAACUAAAAACCUUGUGAAAUCGAAAUGUCCGAGGCAGCGUCCACCGAUGCAGUUGCUCCGCCGGCGGCGCCGGUCUCCAAGCUGACCAAUGCCCAGAAGGCGCGCAUCGAGCGGAAUCUGGCGAAGGCGCAGAAGCUGCGGGAGGCCAAGCUGGUUUUGCAUCCCUUCAAGGAUUUGGCCAGCAACAAGGACGGCAGCCACCCGGAGGCGGCUCUCAGCCAGGGCAGCUCCGUGAUCAAGGUGCAGGGCACCAAGUACAUCGAUUCCGGCGGCGGCUUCCUGCUGGAGCAGCCCGUUCUGCCCACCGCUCCAGGAGCACCAGGUGCAGCUGGUCUCAACCGGUCCGCCGAGGAGGCGCCGCCCAUCCUGGACGACGCCAUCGCCAUUCCCGUGCAGUACGAGGAGUGCCUGGAGUGUGGCGACAUGUACGCCGACUCGUAUCUGUUCAACAACUUCGGGCACUCGGUGUGCGACAAGUGCCGGGACAACGAGGAUCGCCACGCCCUGAUCACCCGGACGGAGGCCAAGGCGGAGUACCUGCUGAAGGACUGCGACUUCGACAAGCGGGAGCCCAGGCUGCGCUACAUCAGCCGCAAGAAUCCGCACAACGUGCGCUGGGGCGAGAUGAAGCUCUAUCUCCACCUGCAGAUCCACCAGCGCGCCCUGGAGGUCUGGGGCAGCGAGGAGGAGCUGGUGCGCCAGCACGAGGCCCGCGAGGACAAGCGCGAGGUGGGCAAGGCGCGCAAGUACAACAAGCAGAUGAAGCAGCUGCGCAUGGAGGUGCGCAGCAGCAUCUACACCAAGAAGACGCACGCCGUCCACGAACACGAGUUCGGGCCGGACACCUACGACGAGGCGGAGGACACCUACACGCACACCUGCCUCACCUGUCCGUACAGCGAGACCUACGAGAAGAUGUAG